AUGCAAUUAAGUAGGCUCUUGUACCGAAAAUUUCCUAUAUCGAGAGCUAUAUAUACAUACAAUCGCUGUGCCAUAUUUACUUUUGAAAGACAGUACACAAAUAUGAGUCAAGAAGAGCAAAAGGCUGCUGCUACUGUUGCUGCUUCUGCGCCAGCUGAAGGCGGUGAGCCAGUUGAAAAGACUGCUAAACAACUUGAAAACGAGAGAAAGAAGGCUGAAAAAUUGGCCAAGUUUAACGCAAAGAAGGCUAAGCAAGCCGAAAAGAAGACAACUUCCGAGCCAAAGAAGCCAAAGAAGGAGAAGAAGGUUGCUGAAACUGUUCCAGAAUUUACUGACGAGACUAAACCUGGUGACAAGAAGAUUUUAGUUUCCUUAGAAGAACAUCCUGCUUUCAAGGCAUAUGUUCCUAAGAAUGUAGAAAGUUCCUGGUACAGCUGGUGGGAAAAGGAAGGUGUCUUUGAACCUGAGUUCACAGCCGAAGGUGAAGUGAAACCUGAAGGCUUGUUUACUAUUCCAGCUCCACCUCCGAAUGUUACGGGUUCUCUCCACAUUGGACAUGCCUUAACUAUCGCCAUUCAAGAUUCAUUGAUCAGAUACAACAGAAUGAAGGGUAAGACCACUUUGUUUUUGCCAGGUUUCGAUCACGCUGGAAUUGCUACCCAAUCCGUUGUUGAAAAGCAAUUAUGGCUAAAGGAAAAGAAGACCAGACAUGACUAUGGCCGUGAAAAAUUCAUAGAAAAAGUCUGGGAAUGGAAAGAAGACUACCAUUCAAGAAUCAAGAACCAAAUUAAGAAGUUGGGUGCCUCAUACGAUUGGUCUAGAGAAGCUUUCACUUUGCUGCCUGAAUUAUCUGAAUCUGUCACAGAGGCAUUUGUGAAAUUACAUGAAGAUGGUACUAUCUACAGAGCUUCAAGAUUGAUUAACUGGUGUGUUAAAUUGAACACCGCACUUUCUAACUUGGAAGUUGACAAUAAGAACAUUCCUGGUAAGACUUUGUUAUCUGUACCAGGUUACGAUAAUAAGAUUGAAUUCGGAGUUCUUACGUCCUACUCUUAUCAAGUUGAGGGUUCUGAUGAAAAGAUCACCGUUGCCACCACAAGACCUGAGACUCUUUUUGGUGAUACUGGUAUCGCAGUACACCCUGAAGAUCCUAGAUACAAGCACUUACAUGGUAAGUUUGUUUUACAUCCAUUCUUGGAUCGUAAGAUCCCUAUUGUCUGUGAUUCUGAAGCUGUAGACAUGGAAUUCGGUACCGGUGCUGUCAAGAUUACACCAGCCCAUGACUUAAAUGAUUACAAUACUGGUAAGAGACAUGAUUUGGAAUUCAUAAACAUUUUCACGGAUGAUGGUUUAUUAAACGAAAACUGUGGAAAAGAAUGGCAAGGUAUCAAGAGAUUUGACGCCAGAACAAAGGUUAUUGAGCAAUUGAAGGCCAAGGGAUUAUACAUUGACCAAAAAGAUAAUGAAAUGACCAUUCCAAUUUGUUCCAGAUCUGGGGAUGUUAUUGAACCAUUAUUGAAACCACAAUGGUGGGUCAAACAAAGUGAUAUGGCUGGUGAAGCUAUCAAGGCGGUCAAAGAUGGUAGAAUUACCGUUAGCCCAAAGACCUCUGAAGCUGAAUACUUCCAUUGGUUAGGAAACAUUCAAGAUUGGUGUAUUUCCCGUCAAUUGUGGUGGGGUCAUAGAUGCCCAGUUUACUAUGUGACCAUUGAAGGUCAAGAAGAUGAUAAGUUAAACAACGAAUACUGGAUUUCUGGAAGAACUUAUGAAGAGGCUUUGGAAAAAGCCACUAAGAAAUUCCCAAACACCAAAUUAACUUUAGAACAAGAUGAAGAUGUCUUAGAUACCUGGUUUUCAUCUGGUUUGUGGCCAUUCUCUACCUUAGGCUGGCCUCACAAGACCGCCGAUAUGGCUAAAUUCUUCCCAAUGUCUAUGUUGGAAACUGGUUGGGAUAUUUUAUUCUUCUGGGUAACUAGAAUGGUUUUACUUGGUCUCAAAUUGACAGGUGAAGUUCCAUUUAAAGAAGUUUUUUGUCACUCGUUGGUUCGUGAUGCCCAAGGUCGUAAGAUGUCCAAGUCUUUAGGUAAUGUCAUUGAUCCUCUCGAUGUUAUCAGUGGUAUCCCAUUGCAAAGCUUGCACGAUAAAUUAUUAGUUGGUAACUUAGACCCAAGAGAAUUAAAGAAAGCUCAAGAAGGUCAAAAGCUUUCUUACCCUAAUGGUAUUCCUGAGUGUGGAACUGAUGCAUUGAGAUUUGCCUUAUGUGCCUACACUACUGGUGGUAGAGAUAUCAACUUAGAUAUUUUGAGAGUUGAAGGUUACAGAAAGUUCUGUAACAAGAUCUACCAAGCAACUAAAUUCGUCUUGGGUAGAUUGGGCAGUGAUUUCCAACCAACUCCAAAUAUUGAGAUUUCCAAGGAUGCUUCUCUUGUAGAAAGAUGGAUUUUACAUAAAUUGAACGAAACCGCAAAGACUGUUAACAAAACUUUAGAAGCUAGAGAAUUCUCCGAAGCAACUAAUGCUAUCUACAACUUCUGGUACGAUUUGUGUGAUGUUUACAUUGAAAACUCCAAGUCUAUUAUCCAAGACGGUACCACUGAACAAAAGUUCUCUGCGCAGCAAACAUUGUACACUUGUAUCGACGGUGCUUUGAGAUUAAUACAUCCAUUCAUGCCAUUUAUUACCGAGGAAAUGUGGCAAAGGUUGCCUAGAAGAGCUUCUGAAAGCUUGAAAUCAAUUGUUAAGGCCCCAUUCCCAGAAUACAUUUCUGAAUUAGAUGAUACUAAGUCCUUAGAGGCCUAUGAAUUGGUUUUGGACAUCACAAAGGGUGCUAGAUCUUUAUUAUCCCAAUACAACAUUAUAAAGAAUGGUCAGGUCUAUGUUGAAUCUUCAAAUAAGGAUAUUAUUAAAAUUACUGAAGACCAACAAGAUUCCAUUGUUUCUUUGAUCAAGGGUGUUGAAAAGAUUGAAAUUGUUUCCAAUGUGAAGGAUGUUCCGUCUGGAUGUGCUUUGCAAUCAAUCAACACUGAAACCACUGUCCAUGUUUUAGUAAAGGGUCAAAUAGAUUUAGAUGCAGAAAUUGCUAAGGUUGAAAAGAAGUUGGGUGCCUCCAAGGAAUUUCAAAGUAAAUUAGAAGAAUCCAUUUCAAAGUUUACUGAAAAGACUAAGGAAUCUGCCAAAGAAGCUGCCUACAAAAGACAAGAAAAUUACAAGGCCGAAAUCGAAGGUUACGAACAAACCAUUUCGAUUCUUGAAAACUUGAAAUUGUAG